AUGCGAUUCCUGCCCAAAUCCUCCCUCCCUCCCUCCCUCCCUCCCUCCCUCCCUCCCUUCCUCCCUCCUCCCUCCCUCCCUCCCUCCCUCCCUCCUCCUCCUCCCUCCCUCCCUCCCUCCCUCCCUCCCUCCCUCCCUCCUCCCUCCCUCCCUCCCUCCCUCCCUCCCUCCCUCCCUCCCUCCCUCCCUCCCUCCCUCCCUCCCUCCCUCCCUCCCUCCCUCCCUCCCUCCCUCCCUCCCUCCCUCCCUCCCUCCCUCCCUCCCUCCCUCCCUCCCUCCCUUCCUUCCUCCCUCCCUUCCUCCCUCCCUUCCUCCCUCCCUCCCUCCCUCCCUCCCUCCCUCCCUCCCUCCCUCCCUCCCUCCCUCCCUCCCUCCCUCCCUCCCUCCCUCCCUCCCUCCCUCCCUCGCUUUCCUUGCCCCGUUCCCCCAGGAAAUUUCCAAGGUGAGCUCCUUCCGCCUCGCUCGGUGAGCGCGCACUCGUCCGUGGUGGGGGGGAUGGGCGCGGAGGAGGCGGAGGAGGAGGCGGAAGAGGAGGACAUGGGGGAGGAGGGGGAGGAGGUGAUGGUGGAGGAGCUGGAGGAGGGGGACGAGGGGGAGGGCGGGGAGGGCGCGGAGAAGGAGGCGGAGGGGCGGGGGGAGGCGCGGGUGAAGAGGGCGGUGAGCGUGCAGGACAGCAUUCACCACCCCGUGUCCGACCCGGGCACGGCGGACCGGCUCAGGAAGGCGCCAGAGGUGGAGGACUACGUGCGCCUCAACCUCUACCCGCAAGGUGCAUUGCAUGCGCUGCCUCACCUCUCCAACCCUUGUGUGCUCUCCCACCCACCCUCUGUCGUAUCCCUCUCGCGCUUGUCACUUGAGGUGUGCGUGGCGAAUGGCUCUCCUCUUCCUCACCAUCCAUCCCAUCGCCACCCCCCUCUCCCUCACGCCCCUCCCCGGGCAGACAUGCCGAGUGCGGAGGACGAGGAGGUGUGUGUGUUGCUGCAGGAGUGUCUGCAGCUGAGGGACAAGUACGUGUUCAGGGAGGCCGUCAAGCCCUGGCAUGCCGACGCCAACGCACUGCCCAUGCCCGACCCCAGCGACCCCUUCCGCUACGACCCGCUCCCGCCCUCCGACGUGAGCCACCCCUUGCCGCCCUCCCAUGUGAGCCACCCCUUGCCGCCCUCCCAUCAUGUGAUAGAGAUGGUGGAUGGCGUGGUGAAGAUAUUCGCAGACAAGGACGCCAAGGAGCGGGGCGAGGAGCUGUUCCCAGUGCACGACGCCACAACGUUCUUCACUGAUCUGCACCGCAUCCUCAAGAUCACCUCCCUCGGCCACGUGCGCUCCCUCUGCUUCCACCGCCUGCGCCUCCUCGAGCAGCGGUACCACCUGCACCUGACGCUGAACGCGGACCGCGAGUUCAAGGCGCAGAAGAGCGCACCGCACCGCGACCUGUACAACGUGCGCAAGGUGGACACGCACGUGCACCACAGCGCGUGCAUGAACCAGAAGCACCUCCUGCGCUUCAUCAAGUCCAAGCUGCGCAAGGAGCCCGACGAGGUGGUGAUCUUCCGGGACGGCAAGUACCUCACGCUCAAGGAGGUCUUUGAGAGCCUCGACCUCACCGGCUACGAUCUGAACGUGGAUCUGCUGGACGUGCACGCGGACAAGAACACGUUCCACCGCUUUGACAAGUUCAACCUCAAGUACAACCCGUGCGGGCAGAGCCGACUCAGAGAGAUCUUCAUCAAGCAGGACAACCUCAUUCAGGGAAGGUUCUUGGCGGAGGUGACGAAGGAGGUGUUCACGGAUCUGGUGGCGUCCAAGUACCAGGUGAGGGGAGUGGCGUCCAAGUACCAGGUGAGGGGAGUGGCGUCCAAGUACCAGGUGAGGGGAGUGGCGUCCAAGUACCAGGUGAGGGGAGUGGCGUCCAAGUACCAGGUGAGGGGAGUGGCGUCCAAGUACCAGGUGAGGGGAGUGGCGUCCAAGUACCAGGUGAGGGGAGUGGCGUCCAAGUACCAGGUGAGGGGAGUGGCGUCCAAGUACCAGGUGAGGGGAGUGGCGUCCAAGUACCAGAUGGCGGAGUACAGGGUGUCCAUCUACGGGCGCAAGAUGAGCGAGUGGGACCAGCUGGCGAGCUGGGUGGUUAACAACGACCUCUACUGCCCCAACGUCGUCUGGCUCAUCCAGCUCCCCCGCCUAUACAACGUGUACAAGGACAUGGGAAUAGUGGCGUCGUUCCAGACGAUGCUGGACAACAUCUUCCUGCCGCUCUUCCAAGUCACCGUCGACCCCUCCUCGCACCCGCACCUCCACAUCUUCCUCAACCACGUGAGUGCCACGUCACUUGUCGUACUGCACUGCAUAGAGCAGUCCGUCACCGUGUCUGAAAAGCUGAACGUGCUCUCACACCGUGGCCCGCAUGUGGUGGGGUUUGACAUGGUGGACGAUGAGAGCCGUCCGGAGCGCCGCCCCACGAAGCACAUGAUAACACCGGCGGAGUGGACCAACCCCUUCAACCCCGCCUACGCCUACUACACCUACUACGUCUACGCCAACCUCCUCAAACUCAACCGCGUCCCACAGCUACGCGAGUCCAAGGGCCUCUCCAUCCUCAAGUUCCGCCCGCACUCUGGAGAGGCGGGAGACGUGGACCAUCUAGCAGCCACCUUCCUGACGGCGCACAACAUAGCGCACGGCAACAACCUGCGCCGCACGCCCGCCCUGCAGCACCUCUACUACCUGGCGCAGAUCGGGCUCGCCAUGUCCCCGUUGAGCAACAACUCGCUGUUCCUGGACUACCACAAGAACCCCUUCCCGCAGUUCUUUGCGCGCGGGCUGAACGUGUCACUCUCCACGGACGACCCGCUCAUGAUCCACCUCACCAAGGAGCCGCUCGUCGAGGAGUACAGCAUCGCCGCUCAGGUGUGGCGUCUGACAUCAUGCGACCUCUGUGAGAUCGCGCGCAACUCCGUGUACCAGUCGGGCUUCUGGCACCCCACCAAGGCGCAUUGGAUAGGGCCGCGCUACUUCCUGCGCGGCCCGGACAGCAAUGACAUCCACCGCACCAACGUGCCGCACAUCCGCGUCGAGUUCCGCUACCAGGUGAGGCGAGUUCCGCUACCAGGUGGGGCGAGUUCCGCUACCAGGUGGGGCGAGUUCCGCUACCAGGUGGGGCGAGUUCCGCUACCAGGUGGGGCGAGUUCCACUACCAGGUGCCGUGGGGGCGCUACCAGGGCUGGGUGGGGUGUGAAUCCUCUAGCAGGUGAUGUGAGUGGCGUGCUGUGGGUGGGUGCCGCCAGGUGA